AAUAAAAGAGGACGAAGAAGAGGCGCGCUUCCGUAAAGUAGUGACAAAGAUGGCGGCCGCCGCCGGCUCAGGCAUUGCAGUUCCUCGCAACUUUCGGCUUCUGGAGGAACUGGAGGAAGGUCAGAAAGGAGUUGGAGAUGGAAAUGUGAGCUGGGGCCUAGCAAGAGAUGAUGACAUCUUGUUAACUCACUGGAAUGGCACGAUCAUUGGCCCCUCCAAGACUGCCUAUGACGGCAGGAUAUACAGUCUGAGAAUUGAAUGUGGACCCAAGUACCCAGAGCACCCUCCUCAUGUUCGAUUUGUGACCAAGAUCAACAUGAAUGGUGUACACAGUUCUAGCGGUAAGGUGGACUUAAGAUCGGCAGCGUCGCUGUCCAGGUGGAAGAGCUCCUACACUAUUCAGAUGGUGCUGCAGGGGCUCAGACAGAACAUGAUGUUGAAAGAGAACAGCAAGCUCACCCAGCCACCAGAAGGCCAGGUGUACAGUAACUGACAAACACACACACACACACAGACACGCACUCACACACACACUCUCACAUACUCCUAAACACUGACCUUCAUGUUGCCCAAGACUCUCAACUCCCACUUUCUCUGUGGGAGCAUCUCAUUGGUCACUGGACAUGUGCAUACGAUGCAGAUGGCCUCACCCAGUCAUCCAUUUAAUUCCACGAUGCAGACCAAAACAUAAGAAACAAAAUACUGUACGUCUUACUACUGUUGUUUUUUUUUUAAAAUUCUCUCUGUGUUCUUCCUACAGAUUGUUAAAGUAAAAUAAUCUGAUUGUGUAUGUGUGCAUGUGUGGGUGUGCGCUGGAUUCUUCCAUGUCAUGAAGUGACAGUUAGUUCUGGUUUCAUGAUAUGGGUUUUGUGGUCAGGGGUUUUGAAUCACAGACGGUAUUCUUUAAUCCCCAGGGUUACAGAUGUGAAAUGUCGGGAAUAAUGUGGAAUGUUUUUUUUCACACAGCUAACACCAACACAUUGUGCAAUGUGCACUUUGCUAAAAUAAGAUUUCCCUCACAGUGGAAAAAAAAGUGCUUGGUAAUUCAAGCGGCACAAUUGUCAAAGCAAAUACCCCAGCUUCUGCACUUCUGACAAUGUGUAUUUCACAGGCUUUUCCUUUCAUGUGUGCACGUCUGGUACAUUGGAAUAAACAGCUACAAGACAUUUAACAGCGUAUUUAUCAACAGGCCACUGCCAGCUCAUCACUCAUGCUCUGGGACUUGUCUUCAGUGUGCCAUAUGGUUCAUAGCUCUUUGUGAUGGUGAUUGAUUAUUAGCAGCCACUGUGGGGGAGGGACGUGUUUCUGGUGCUGGUUUUGUUCUAUCUUUUUUUUCUCUGUUUAAAUCAUGUCUUCUCAUACAGUGAACACAAUGUUUAGCUUUGGAUGUUUAUUUUAUAACAGGUUCAACCUAAUCUGGGUGUUUGUGACCUGUGGCAUGGUUUUAUUUGAAUUAAACUUUAUUACUUUUU